AUGGCGUCUCAGCAAGGUUAUCCCUCUGAUCCUCCUCCCAGCUACGAGAUUUCGCUUCAGCCGAUUCUUGAGCUCAACGCAUCGCCGACUGAUGACAAGGACAUGAUCGCAUCGAUCAAGAGGAAGAAAUUCUGUAUCAAACUCGGAAAGCAGAGGAAGUAUUACGAAUGGUUUCUGGAGGGUACAAAUAUAUGUUCAAGUGUGUUCAAAGCGCGGGUUGCCGGUACAUUCACUGGCAGCGGCUCGCUGGAGGUUCGGACUCGCCAGAAUGUCAACUUUGUAUUUGCUUCUAUGAACGAGGACAUGCCGCAGUGGUUCUACUCGGCUGUAGAUGAGAGGGAACCGGAGAACCUCAGAUUCUACCGCAAACAGAACGAGGAUUGCCGCCUGGCCCACGGUUAUGCUCCUUUACCCAAAUGGACGGCAGCUCUGGAUGUGGCAACAAUCGCCUUCCCUGAGAAGCUCGACCUCCUCUUCGCCACAUCCGGCUUCUCUACGAAUGAAAGCGACGUGGUCGACCGCCUUACACGGGAGUGCGGUUCGCAGUCAAACAGCGCCGCUUUCGCAGCCUUACAGCAGAUGUCAAUCGGAACGGAUCAGCCAGACGGUACCUACAUGACGGCCUCUGCGGAAACGUCCAACAGCAAAUCAAGCCAGUCCAACGGUUGUUUUUCUGGCUUGAGGAGCCGAUGGAAAAGGUCUCGCGGGGUCUAG